GCUCCGUCAGCAGCGAGCUGAGUAAGUUCGAGUUUCCUUUUACCCGGUUUUGGAAGCUAAUGCUCCCUUUUCAGGUGUCUACAUGAACUUCCGAGGAUGCCGCCUUUCACCCUAGCCAAACUCCUUAAAAGGAUCAGUUCAGACUAACUGUUCAAUCGCUAUAAUCCGCUUCACGCCUAUUCUCGCUACCAUCACCAUGUCUCCUCAACUAACUCUAUACACCGCUGCUACACCCAACGGCAAGCCCAUCUCAGUUUUCCUCGAAGAGCUUGGAAUUCCCUACGAAGUCGUCAAAAUGUCUCUUUCCGAGUCUGACAUCGGCAAAGUUCACAACCAAGUCAAGUCUCCAUGGUAUUUGGAGAUCAAUCCCAACGGUCGUAUUCCCGCAAUUACCCAUAAUGGGUUCAACGUCUUUGAAACGAGCGCAAUUCUGGCGUACCUGCAGGCGGAGUUUGAUAAGGAGAACAGAUUUGGGUUUAGUCCUGUCGAGAACCCGAAGGAAUAUAGUGAGGUGUUACAGUGGUUGUUCUUUGCGCACGGAGGUGUUGGCCCGAUGCAAGGACAGCUCAGUCAUUUCAAGUGGUCCGCACCGGAACAGAUCCCGUAUGCGCAGAACCGUUAUCUGAACGAAUUGAAGAGGCUUUACUCAGUCCUCAAUUUGCGAUUGGCGAAACACAAGUAUCUCGCUGGCGAUAAGUACACGAUCGCUGAUAUCAAAACACAUUUAUGGGUCCGAGCUGGAUUCUUGAACGCCGAAAAACUCGGUUUGGAUACAACGGAGUGGCCAAACCUGAAGGAUUGGGUGGAUAGAAUUGAAAGUAGAGCUGCUUUCCAGAAAGGUGUGAAUGUACCUACCUAAUCAGAGUUGUGAAGGAUGGGUGCGAAUCCGAGACACUACUUACAUUAUCCUCAAUUAAAUAAGAUUCCCUCUGACAUGGCAGACAUCGAGAUCUUGGAGCCUAAUUAUAACCAAGCUCUCGAGGAAGAUUUGGGUGAAGUAAUGUGAUCAAGAAAUAA